UCCGUCAUCUCCUGCUCUGACUGUUAUUGAGUUGGAGUUGCAGAAUUUUGAUAAUUAAUCUGACAGCGAGACGCUAGAGGUUGAGGACCCUUCUAGACUUCUACCUACCGACCAUGGAUUUAGGGCUUGGGCUUUCGGAAACGAUGAAAAAUUUAGUCGCGAAUGCAAAAAGUAUACAAACAGAAAUGGGAACACCAUUUCAAGGGGCAGGUUAUGUGACAGAAAAGUUGUAUAUGCUUUUGCAACUCUAUCUUCAAAACAAAGGAUGGAAUCAUUCAGUAGAAUUUUUACAGUGUUUUACAGAAUUGAAGGAAUCCUCAAUGCUUCCCAGUGCUUCAUAUCUGCAAAUGAUGGCGAACCGUGUUACCUUAGACUCUCAAGGUCGGCUGGUAUUAAGGGAAAAUGGUAAAAUAAUAUUACCGUUUGAACACUUUGCUAACGCAGUCAUGUUGAAACAUAUGAAUGGCCCCCAUGGUCUACACCUGGGGGUGGAGGGGACUGUCAGAGCUGUAAUGGACUCGUACACGAUUGGACGUGAGAACUUUGGAAUGGAGAAGGAGUUUAUCGUGGAGGUGGUGCAGAACUGUCCUAAUCCAGCAUGCAGAUACUACAAAACUCAGCUUGAGCUGGCUCACAAUAAACCUACGUAUAUACCUGAACCUCCAGGACCUGUAGGAGGGUCGACAGAGAGUACGUCCAGUGGUAGUAGUGCAGGUGGUGGAGGCAGCAGUCACUCGGCGGAGCUUGAGACUCCCCCCGCCAAGCCCCCGUCUGUACGGCAGCAACAAGCACACAAACUGGCGGACUUCCUCAAGGCAAACCUGGAGAACUUAGAUGGCCUAACUAGUGCUAACAAGGAUUUGCUGGCCGUACACAACGGAGCCUGGACUCAUCAGGAACCUCUCGAUUCCAAGAGACAUCACUCAUCUUCUGAAGUUGGUCAAGAGAAGAUCGUACGAGCGUUUUCAGAGAUUAUGAAGAACAUGACAAGAAUGAAGACAUGUGUGCGUCCAGCAAUGUGUAAACCGUACGGGAAACAAUCUGAAGCUUUACAAAAAACCCUGAUGGAUACGAUCCAGCUGGUUCAAUCCCUCCGGUCGUUCUUGCCACCUCCUCACAUUGCUGUUAGCAGUUGGAAGAACGAGGACAAACACAGGAAAAGCGUAGGACUGGAGGAGCUGUGUGAAAGCAUGACUCGCAAGGACUGAAUCGUCUCGUAGCCAAUCGCAUUUCUAGUCACUCGUCCACAUGUGAUGUGGCCUAACCUAACCUCGGUCCAAUGAUGCGCUCCGGGGCUCAACUUACUUAUUGUUGCUGUCUAUAAUUUAAAUCAAACAUUUCUGUUGACGUCUGAAUGUAUGAAAUACAUAUCGGUAUUGUAGAAUCUCGUAGGUUAGAAAUGUAUCCACCAAAUUGUUAAGCUUUAACCACGUUUUUAUAUUGAAUAUGGCAUGCUGAAAGGAUUUAGUUUUAUUAAGUUUUUUUUGUAAUAGGUUUUUAUUUACAUGUGUUAUGUCUAUGUGCAACAUGAUAAGAUUAGUGUUGGAAACUGUUGAUCUAGAUUUUUCAGAAUUACAUUAGGUCUACUACAAAUGGUUUAUUGUUUAGUUUUAUAAUUCAAAGUUAAUGUAUAGGUAGGAAGGAAGAUUAUUUUUUUUAGAAAUGUGUAACAUUUUGUUAUAGGCUUUUGAAGUUUUAAGUCAGGAACUAGACUCACUAGAGUAAGACAAAAAAGGUCUUAUGAGACCAAACAUUAGAAUGCACAAGAUGUGUAAAUUGUCAUAUUACCUAUAUCAAACCUUUUUUUUGCAGACGUUUUAUUUGACAAGAACUUUGUGUUUGCUGUCUUUUAGCUUCAAAAUUGUGCUGAUGAUGCUUCUUGGAUUUAGGAACAUAUUUUUUACAUUGAAAGAUAAAAAAACUGAUUGUUGUUAGUAGACAGUGUUUUUAACAUUUUAGCAACUACUGGUUGCCAGCCGCCACUAUACGGUUCAUUGAUUUUGUUUGAGCAAUGUAAAAUUCCGUAUAAGACAUAAUUUCAAUUUCUAUCUCAUAGUUUUUGUCCAGAUUUCACCUAUAUCUACAGUAUAUAUUUUAUGUGUUUUUUGUUUAAGGCCUUUGUGGUGUUUCUAUAAUGUGCAGACGUGGUGAUUAUUUUUCUUCUUGAAGGUCUUAACACACAAUAAAAACUAAUUUUUCUAAAUAUUAAUUUUCUACAGAAACAUUACUUUUAUAUAGGUAUUUAAGAAAGACUUCUGAUGGAGGAAGUUUUAUCAUCACUUUAAUCUUUUGACACACCAGUUCUUAUAUGAGUAUAACUGAAGUUAGCUACAUCAUUGCCCCAUAACUGUCGCAUGCCAUACUUUUUGUAGCUAUCCUCAAUAUGUUUAAGUUUACGUUUAUGUACAGGUGUUAGUUUUUGAUCAUUCUAGGCUAGGUAUUUUAUACGUAGUAAAGAUUAAAUAUCACGUGUGCCGUUUCACUUUUUUUCAUUUUGUUUGGAUUUGCUGUAACCAACAAAGUCUUAGUUGUUUCACAGUGAAUAUUUUUUACACUGGGUAAAGUUAGUUUGUUCAUUGCAAGUGUUUUGCUAAUUACUUGAAAUUUUUAUAUUCUGAUAAGACUGAUUAAGAUGGAAGAAAGUCCCUCAAUAUUUACUCGGAAGCAAUUGUAGGUUAGAAAUGUAGUAAGUUUUCUAUUGAUGUGAAAUGUAGUUCUAAUUUAAAAGGAGUUGAAAAUCUCAUAAAAAAAUCGUGCAAUACAACCAUUAUUUUCAAAGUGAGUUGAUUUAAACUUGUUAAAAUGAUUUAACACAAUUUCAGCUUGUUUGAAAUUUACAUGAUGCAAUGAAAAACUGUAUUUCCCACCAAGGCGUUUGAAUGGCAGCAUGUUUAAAAUAACAGCAAAUCUAAUUUUAUGUCAACCAGAGGUAACCGUUUCUAACUAAAAUAAAGUACAAAUAAGUUAACUAAAAUAAGUCAGUAUAACCUGUAUACUUUGCAAUGGGACAAAGCACAAUUUUUUUCUAAUGUUCUUUAUUACUAACUUUAAAAUCAUCAGCUAUUCACUGUGAUGACCCUUAGCCAAUAUACACACCUAAACUCUUGAGUUCAGUCUUAAGCACAUUUUUAUUCAAAGGAUUAAUACCAAAGAUCAAUUAGUUAUUCUUGCUUGCCAGUAUAAAAGAUGAAGUUAAUAUUUUCAGACAAUUUCUGAUAAUAUAGCAAUACAGCGAUUCUCUGCAAUAGAAGUUAAUUUACCAUAAGAAUGUCUUCAUAUCUUCAUUGUUUCUUGUUCACAUCAAUGCUAAGUAUUUUUUAUCAACGCAUACAAUUAAAAAGGUCCAAGGUUGAUUUUACGCUAAUGUUAUCAACCUCUUUGUUAAUAAUUGGAAGUUAAUUUGCAGGAAACAAUGUACAAGUAAAUUUCUUGAUCACCAUAAAAAAAAAUAAUUUUACCAAGGCCUAUUUCAAUUGUUUGGCAUGCUGUAAACGUUUUACUCCUAAAAGAGAACACCUAACAAAUUGUGAUGCUGUCUUUAAUUUGUAUUUGUUUUUGGUAUUAUUUUGUUUACAAACAUGCAAUAUAAUUUAACAAUUUGCAAGUUUACUGUUAAGACUUUACAUUUUGUAGUCGUGGUUUUGUUGAUGGGCAUUAAUAUUUUUUAAUAUGAUUCUUCAGUUUUUUUUUUCAAAUAGGCUAAUAGUAGUGUGAAAUUGUUUAUACUUUUUCACGUUUUAAUGCACGUUUUGCAGUUAAUAGUGAUGUGUAACCUUACGUCAUGAUAUUAUGUAAAAUUAUGUUAUAUUUUGUUAUUUUUAAUAUGUAAUAUUUUGCACAAAUUUGAUCACUAACUGUAUUUAGAUUUGUUGUUUUAACCGUAUUUUAUUAUUAUACAUUACAGAAUUUAUAUUUUGUUGAUUUUGUUAUAUUUAUUUGUUGUUAGUAUAGAAUUUCCCUGUUCUUCAAUGAUUUUGAUCACUGUUUUUUUUCUUUUGUUACGUUUGAUUCAAAAUAUUUGAUCAUCAAAUGUCAUUUUAGUGCCAAGUUUACUGUACUAUUUUUUUUAUUUCUUUCCAAUAAAGUUUUU